AAAUAAAUAAAUGAAUUCUUUAAGUUUCAGAAUGUGUUAAGUUUUAGAAUGGGAUUCUCCAGUUCCCUUCAGGGCGAGACAGCGCACGAAGCGCUUCUCGCACGCCAAGACGCCGAGCUCCGGCUAUUGGAGAACAUGAAGCGUUGUUUGGCCCUAAGGAUUAAAUGUGAUCGCGAAUAUGCGAUUUCACUCAACACCGCGAUUCUACAGGCGCAGAAGAUGGACAAGGUUGAGAUGGCUGGGAGCCUGGUGGCUCAGAGUUGGAGCAUAUUCAUCGACGAGACGGAGAAGCUGGUGAAGGUGGUUAAGGAGAACGCAGAUCAGAUGGCCUCGAAGACCUUGGAGACCCUCGGGACGUUAUUCGUUGAGAAGAGGAUGAACAGGAAGAUGUAUUCAGAGGAGCAUACAAGGAUAUGUAAUGAUCUUCAUAAACUUCAGGAGAAUGUUCAGAAAUUACGAUUAGAAUAUGAGCGAUGUAUGGAUCAGUAUACAGGAGCUAAAGCAAAGCUAGAAGAACAAAAAUCUAAAGGAUCUAAACGUUUAGAUGAAUACAAGGAGAGAUAUUCUAAGACGAGUAGGAAGCUGCAUUUGGUGCAUAAUGAGUAUGUGCUGCUCCUGUGCGAAGCUGCUGAGUUUGAGCGGGAUAUGCGAACCAUCCUUCUCCCAGGACUACUGGAACACCAACAAGCUGUACAGGAAGAUGCUACUGACAGAUGGAAGAUGAUUCUACAGGAAGUGUCAAGAUGUACAAACCUAUCCAGCGCUAAGUGUCAGGAAUCCCAGGCUAAAAUAGAGAAAAGUGUUAACAGCAUUAAAUCCUCGGAAGAAUACUCAGAGUUUAUCGAGAGAAACAAAACCUCUCCGCCCAAACCCAUCAUCUUCAAGUUUGACCCGUCACUGCUGGAGAACUCCGGGUGCAAGCUAAAACCAAACGAGAUCUCGGUGGACGAGUACACCGUCGAUGUGCUGAGGGCGAAGCUGAGGGAGAACGAGGCUGAGUUGAAGGAAACCAAGAACUUGAUUAAGGAGAAGCAGACACUAGUUAUACAGUAUGAUACAGAGUUUCAAACUGUUCAGUUUAAAUCUGAUCCACUGAGCUUCUCUAGAAAAUUCACCUUGAAGAAAACCAUGGAUAUUCUGAAGAAAGAAAUCAAUGAACUAAGGUGUAUAGAGCAGAAGGUGGGUAGGCAAAAUGAACUUAUCUCCGGGUCUUUAACCGACCUUGGCUGUGAACAACCUGCCUGUGAUAUAUCUGGUAGUUCCAACAACCUAGAGAGCCUUUCCCCGACCUCCACCGAGGACACCCAGAGCCAGUCCUCCAUUGGGAAGAAGAAGUCUGCUCACGUGAUCAAUAUUCUUCGGAAACCUUUCGCGCGGAAAACUGAAAGUCCUAACAGAGCAACAACCAGCCUUCCCAUAGAACUAGAGGAACCGGAAGAUGUUAGUCCUGUUCCGCCCGUCCUAGCAGCGGAUACGGUAUCGGAGAGGUCCUUGGAGGAGGAACUCUGGUUCCAUGGUGUUCUUCCCCGGGAGGAAGUGGUUCGUCUGCUCCAGAACGACGGAGAUUUCCUGGUGAGAGAAACAGUUCGUAAUGAUGAGAAGCAAACCGUUCUCUCCGUGAUGUGGGUUUCUCCUAAACAUUUUAUAGUUCAAUUAUCUCCGGAGGGAUUGUUCCGGUUUGAGGGUCCAGCAUUCAAUACAAUACAGGAGCUAAUCCUUCAUCAAUAUCAGUCAGGCAGUCCUGUCACUUCACGAUCAGGGGCCAUUUUGAAAACUCCGGUUUUAAGGGAGAAAUGGGAAUUAAACAAUGAUGACGUAGAACUUGUGGAGAAAAUAGGACGAGGAAAUUUCGGAGAUGUUUACAAAGCAAUCCUUCGUCCAGGCAAUAUUUCAGUCGCUGUGAAAACUUGUAAAAUAACCCUCCCGGACGAACAAAAGAAGAAGUUCCUACAGGAGGGACGAAUAUUGAAACAGUAUGAACAUCCGAAUAUUGUUAGAUUUAUCGGUAUUUGCGUGCAGAAGCAACCAAUAAUGAUCGUGAUGGAGCUGGUCCCUGGCGGAUCUUUACUCAACUACCUCAGGACUAAUGCGGACAAACUUUCAACUAAAGGAUUACUAGGAAUGUGCCAGGAUGCUGCCAGUGGAAUGGAAUAUUUAGAAUCUAAAAACUGUAUCCACAGAGAUCUUGCUGCAAGGAAUUGUUUGGAAUUAUGUUGGCAGUACGAUCCUGACGAUCGACCCCAUUUCCAGGAGAUCCAUGCAGCAGUAGAUCUUCUUUAUUCUCGAUUAUUCCGGCGGAGCAGUGGACGAUCUGUUACAUUCGACCAGAAGUCCCUGGCUGGGAGUAUCAGGAAUCUGAGGUUCCAGGAUUCUGGAGCCUGGUUCCAUACUUUCAAGGAUAGGAUGACCCUGAGGAAACCACGAGGAGCUGACCGUCACGCUCAGGGUUCACAAACUAAUCUUCAUGUUUAGAUCAUUUCGUUAUUUCGGUUCAAAAUAUAUUUAUUUAGUUACA